GAAUACCACUACACUCUGAUCUGUACUAUAUUAAACUACGGUUUCUUUUCGAAGUCAUUGGACUUUUUCAUCCUCACAAGUAGCCGAACAUACAAGUUGUAGUUGAUUUGAUUCAGUUUUCCCGAGCAGAGCUCAUGAGGCAAGAGAAAUGGAGUUCGCUGAACAGCUGAAGCGUAGAUUCAUUCAGAACGUUGUUCUGCGAAGAGGGAAAUCUGAAACAACAAAGGGCAACAUUCACUUGACUGCCCAUCACCUCAUAUUUAUUCCGGACGCUGCAGCUGGAUCAACUGAAUUAUGGAUGCUGUACUCCAACAUCAACACCUUUGAGAAACGGGUGACAGCCGGUCCCAGCUUCCUGACGCUACGCUGCCGCUCUCUGGUAACAUAUCAGCUGGAAUUCACCAGUGCCGAGGACUGUGUAGACGUGUACAAUGCAGUUGACACGCUAGCCCGACCUGCUUCGGAAGAAGACCUGUAUCCAUUCUUCUUUCGACCACGCAAGCCCCUACCUGAAAUCGAUGGAGUCAAGCUGGAGGGCGAGAUUGAGCGAUGGGGUGGCAAGCAUGCUCUCCGAGUUAGCACUAUCAACGAAGAUUUUAAGGUUUGUACGUCCUACCCAGAGCAAGUCAUCGUCCCUACUAGCGUAUCAGAUGAGUUCUUGAAACGCUCCUCCAAGUUCCGCCAGCACGGCCGAUUUCCGGUCGUGUCGUACUUCCACGAACCAAACGGGGCUGUUCUAAUGCGCUCCGGCCAGCCUCACUGUGGUCCCAGCAACCACCGGUGCUCGCAGGAUGAGGCCAUACUCAACGCCACGCUCUCUCGCCACCGCCGUGGCCACAUUGUCGAUACACGUUCCUCCACCACUGCCCAGCAUCACAAGCAAAAAGGUGGUGGUGUUGAAGUGGAGGCACACUACCCACAAUGGCGGCGUCAUCACUGCGGCCUGGAGAACUUGGAGACAUUACUAGAUAGCUACACUCGCUUGAUGGAUGCAUGUGCCGACACUGGCUCCUCUAUGGGUACGUGGCUUGGUCGUGUGUCCAGCAGUAGCUGGCUGUCACAUAUCGCGCAGCUACUGCAAGCCGCACAGCAGGUUGUGCAGUCUAUGGAUAGUGAAGGUGGCUGUGUGCUGGUUCAUGGCAUUGCUGGCUGGGAUACCACACUUCAAGUGACCGCACUCGCGCAGGUCCUGUUGGAUCCGCAUUGCCGUACGCUUGUCGGAUUUCAGCAUUUGAUCGAAAGGGAGUGGGUUCUCCCCGGACACCCAUUUUCUCUUCGCUGUGGUCACACAUCGGUGACCAGUCGAGUCGAAAGAGCACCCGUGUUUGUCAUGUUCUUGGAUGCGGUGUUUCAGGUCAUGCGACAGUACCCGUGUUCAUUUGAGUUCACCGAUCGUUUCCUUAUGAAGCUGUUCGAGCACUCCUACUCAUCAGAGUAUGGAACGUUCUUGGGAAACAGCGAACGUGAACGCAAGGCAAUGGACGUCAACAAGAAGACUCACACACUAUGGUCACACUUCUCCCAGGAGAAAGUUUCUUCAGAGCUCACCAAUCCAGCCUACUACAAGAAUGCAAGUGUGCUCUCUCCCUCUUCAGCUCCCACAGGCAUUGAGCUGUGGCGUGAGCUCUACCUUCGCUUGUUCCAUGGGGCCGCUGAAGAAGACUCUGCUUUGGUGGCAGCACGCCGCAUUGCGCAACGCCUGGAAACUGCCAAAGCCAAUGUUGAAGAGAAGAAAAGGGAGUUGGAGAGGCUACAGCAACUAGUCCGGGAAAAGAAUCUUGGUGCAGCAUCAUCGGCGUAGUUUCAAUAUUGUGUUCGCUGUUUACCGUGUCCACUGCUGGCAGUGGCACUUUUUUUUCCAAUCCACAACCCCGCUUUUCGCUUGCUUUUCCCAGCUAGUGUCUGAAAUUGUGAAAAUGAAAAUGUUACUUUAGUAAAUAGUAAAUUUCACAAAACAGUUUUGAGUUAAAGUAAUUAAGUAUGCACACAGUCCAGCUGUGACAAUGCACCAACAACAAGGUUCUUUUCUUCUUUCGUUGUCUAGAAAUUAGAGAUUUUCACCAAUAAAAAAAAAGAUGUGGAUUGAGGUGCCAGAAGAGCAUUCUCAAUUUCACACAAUAA